AUGGCUUGCGCUGAUGAGCAGGAUGAGUGCACCAGCGUUGCGGACGGCCACGAGCUGGACGAAAAACCCCCUCACGACGACUGUUGUGAUCAUGAUCACGAUCAUGCCCAAGAAGAUGGCCACAUUCAUGACCCGGCCGACCACGAUCUUGCCCAUCAUGAACACGGACAUCAUAAUCAUGGGGGCCCGCAGACGAGUGGACAUGUUCACAUUAGCGCAGCGCACGAGCACGCUCAUGGCAAAUACGGAAAACACCUUGACGAACCUUGCAAUGCCCACCUGAGCGCUGCCCUGGAGAAAUAUGCCACAUACCUUAACUCAGCCCGGUGCAUCUGUCGAACCAUCCUCUCUUCGGCUGGCACAAUCCAGUCUUGCCACGCACAGCCUGCGGAUGGUGGCGUUGCCGCGUUUAGCAUUUCCCGCAGCCAUCAUCUGAACGUGAAAGAGCACGGGAGGGUCUUGACACGCCAACGUUUCAACAAGAAGUCGCCAAAGGCGUUGGCAGCAACACAAGCCAAGGUCAAAUGCUGUAACAGCGAUGAUAGUCUCGAUGAAAUCGAAGUGGAGCGUGUCCCCGUUCGCAAGACUGCAUCGAUCGACAUUGAGAAGGCGGCAGGGCUGUCCCACAUCCUUCUCAAUGUCACGGGAAUGGAUUGUUCGGGCUGCGCAAACAACUUGACCCGAGCAAUUCGGGCUGUGCAAGGGACUGACAACGUCAAAGUCACCUUCGUCGCUGGUGCUGCUGAAUUCGACCUCGACACCAAUAUCAAUGUCCUCGACGAGGUGAUUCGCCGCGCCCAACGAGCCACCGGAUAUAAGCUGAUACCGUUCUCGUCCGAUACACAGAGUAUCGACGUCACGAUGAGUGCGGCAGCAGCAAGCAAACUUCAAAACAACAUACCUCGUGGCGUCGAAAAAUGCGAGAAGCUUUCCAAGACGACAUAUGAGAUCAGCUAUGACCCGUGCGUCAUUGGUGCCAGAGACAUGCUCGCGGGCAUCGACGCACAGCUUGCACCUCCUCGUGGCGAUUCCUAUCUCGAUGAAGGGAAGCGAAGACUCAUUCGUAUCUUCGCAAUGACUACCGCGGCCUUCAUCUUUACUGCGCCAGUCGUCGCACUCGAAUGGGGAAGACCGUCUGGCGUCUCCGAGCACACCAGUUUGAUUGUGGCGAUUGUCCUCGGCACAAUAGUUCAAGCAAUUGCGGUUCCAGCGUUCUAUAUCCCCGCCAUCUCGUCCCUGAUCUACAACAAGGUCGUUGAAAUGGACAUGCUUGUGGUCAUCAGCAUCACAGCCGCGUAUGUUUAUUCCAUCGUAGCAGCUAGUCUCGUCUUCUCCGGUAUCGAAUUAGAGACGAAACCGUUCUUCGAGACAAGUACGCUGCUGAUUUCCUUGGUCCUGUUUGGUCGACUUCUUGCGGCGUGGGCCCGCAAACGAGCGGUGAAAGCGGUGUCUUUGAAGUCGCUGCAAGCGUUGACAGCCAUGCUCCUCGAUCAGGGAACCGGUGCUGUUGUUGAAAUCGAUGCCCGAUUGCUUCAAUAUGGGGACACCAUCGCAAUCUUGCCUCAUUCCCAGAUUGUCACCGAUGCUGAUGUGCUCGAGGGAACCAGCGAGGUGGACGAGUCGAUGCUCACGGGUGAGAGCUUGCCAGUUUUCAAAACUGCCGGAAGCCCGAUCGUGUCCGGCACGGUCAACGGCGGCGGAAGGUUGACAGCACGGGUGUCUCGUUUGCCGGGGAAAAAUACCAUUACCGAUAUUGCAAACCUGGUUGAGCAGGCGCAGAGCUCUAGACCCCGCGUUCAAGACCUGGCUGAUAAGAUCGCCGGAUAUUUCAUACCAGUCGUGUGCACGGCAGCUAUUAUUGUCUUGAUCGUCUGGCUGUUGGUCGUCUUGAAAGUUCGCAAACAGCCUGCCGACGAAGCCAUCGGAACAGCUAUCGGCUAUUGUAUAGCUGUGCUAGCCAUCAGUUGCCCCUGUGCGCUCGGUCUGGCAGUACCAAUGGUUCUCGUGGUUGCUGGAGGCGUCGCUGCCCGCGGAGGCGUCAUCAUCAAGACUGCAGAUGUGAUCGAGCGAGGCUUCAAAGUUACCGACGUUGUCUUUGACAAAACGGGGACCCUUACUGAGCCGAGCCUCGAAGUCGUGGAGGAAGAUAUUUUUCCCACCGACAGAGUCAAUAAGGACCAAAUGCUCUCUCUGAUCAUAACUCUGGUGAGAAGCAACAAGCAUCCGGUAUCCGAAGCCGUGGCAAAAGCGCUCGAAAAGCGGCAAGUAAGUGGGGUCGAGGUCGACGGGCUCACAUCCGUCCCUGGCUGCGGAGUGGAAGGUCAAUGGCAAGGAGCGACAAUUCUUGCUGGUAAUGCGAAAUGGCUCAAGAUUAGUCAGAUACCUGAGGUCGUCGACUUUGCAGCACGAGGUUUAACCAUGCUCUGCGUGACGAUCGGCGAUGACCUGGUUGCAAUCUUCGGCCUCAAAUCGAGGCUCCGUGAAGGCGCGAGUGCCGUCAUUCAAGAGCUUCAUCGACGCAAGAUAGCCGUUCACGUCGUCAGUGGCGAUGCUCGCAAGGUCGUUGAGAGAGUAGCCGCCGACAUCGAUAUCCCUUGGGAGAACGUCGCUGCCGAGAGAACUCCAGCACAGAAAGAGGAGUAUAUCCGCGAACUCAUGGAUGCCGGAAAGAUUACACUGUUCUGUGGAGACGGUACUAACGAUGCAGUUGCCGUGGCUCGAGCGAGCGUCGGCGUUCAGAUCGAGUCCUCCUCGGACGUUACCCGUGCCACGGCUGACGUUGUCCUUCUCCGCAACCUCGACGGCGUGGUCAAUUUGCUUGAUGUGUCGAAGGCGGCAUUCCGGCGCAUCACCUUCAACUUCAUCUGGUCAGCCGUGUACAACGUGGUUGCCAUCUUGCUCGCGGCCGGGGCCUUUGUCAAGUUCCGGAUCCCACCUGCUUACGCUGGUCUCGGCGAGAUCGUCAGUGUACUGCCGGUCAUUUUUGCCGCGUUAACUCAGCCGAAAGUGAAGGCGAGGACUUGA